CUCUGACCUGCCUCGCCCUGCCCCUCAACCCUCAGACCUGCCUCGCCCUGCCUCUGGGAGGGUCACCCUAGUGGUGGACGGAACACACUUUGUGGUGGACCCCGCCCUCUUUACGGCGUACCCUGACACCAUGCUGGGGAGGAUGUUUGGUCCAGCUUGGCAUCACAACUUCACACGUCCCAAAGGAGAGUACGAGAUUGUGGAAGGAAUUGGGGCUAACAUCUUCAGAGUUGUCCUGGACUACUACCGAGGGGGCGUCCUGCACUGUCCAGAUGGGGUGUCGGUGUCGGAGCUGAGAGAGGCCUGUGAUUACCUCUGCAUCAACUUUGACUACAGCACCGUGAGGUGCAGAGACCUCAGUGCGUUGUUGCACGAGCUGUCCAAUGAUGGGGCACGACGCCAGUUUGAGGACUUCCUGGAGGAGCUGGUUGUCCCGGUGAUGGUGGCCAGUGCACAGGAAGGGGAGAGGGAGUGUCACAUGGUAGUCCUGACGGACGACGACCUGGUGGACUGGGACCAUGACCACCCCCCUCCCCUGGGAGAGGAGUGCUCUCAAAUUGUGUACAGCACCAAGCUAUACCGCUUCUUCAAGUACAUUGAGAACCGUGACGUGGCCAAAGCCUUGCUGAAGGAGCGGGGCCUGAAGAAUAUCAGGAUAGGGAUCGAAGGGUACCCCACCUGUAAGGAGAAGGUGAAGAGGCGUCCGGGGGGGAAGUCUGAGGUGAUCUACAACUACGUCCAGCGGCCGUUCAUCCAGCUCUCCUGGGAGAAGGAGGAGGGAAAGAGCCGCCAUGUUGACUUCCAGUGCGUCCGCAGCAAGAGUGUCCCCAACCUGAUGGCCUCUGUGGGGGAGGGGCUGUCCCGACCUCCGGCCCCACCCACCCCACAGGUGGAUGAACUGGAUAGGCUCCUGAGCCCAGAGCCCCGCCCACAACCUCUGGUCCCUCCCCCUGACCACUGCUGA